UGUUUACAAAUAUAGCUAGCUAGCUAGGAAGCAAUCCGCUGGCAAUUGUUUAUUCAACGCUAGUUCAAUUACAAAACGAUAACAAAAUGAACGGAGUUUACACUGUGUUGUUGGCUGACGCAUAGUCAUUCACAUGGCACUAUAUACUGUGAGGUUAACAUACAUAUUUAGUUUGGUUUUAGUUAGCUAUCAUCAUGAAGUUGGCAAGCUAAAUGGCUUAUUAGCUUUGGUACGUUAUCAGUAUUAGCUAGUGACGAGAUUUUUGGGGACGUGGAUCGUGUGGUAUUUCUGCAAGCUCAUUAUGGAAGGAGUUCUCUAUAAGUGGACAAAUUAUAUGACAGGGUGGCAGCCACGCUGGUUUGUUUUACACGAUGGAAUAAUUUCCUACUAUGAUUCUCAAGAUGAUGUCUGCAAAGGGAGCAAAGGAAGUAUUAAGAUGUCCGUCUGUGAAAUCAAAGUUCACCCCACUGACAAUAACAGACUGGAACUGAUCAUACCAGGAGAGCAGCAUUUUUACGUCAAAGCUGUCAAUGCUGCCGAACGACAGAAGUGGCUUGUGGCACUUGGAAGUUCCAAAGCCGGCCUUGCUGACACGAGGGCCAAUAAAGAAAAAGAAAUAACAGAGACGACAGAAUCUCUGAAAACUAAGAUGUCCGAGCUGCGUCUCUACUGUGACUUGCUAAUGCAGCAGGUCCACACGAUACAGGAGUCUGUGGGCCAGGAGGACCAGGAAGGAGACCACUCCAAUUCCAGCUCGGAGACUCUGAAUGAGGCCUCCUCUUUACUGAGUGCCACGUGUAACACCUUCAUCAAAACACUGGAAGAAUGUAUGAAGAUGGCCAACUCCAAGUUCAAGACAGACAUGGUGCUGUUGAACCCUCCAGACGAUAUGAUGAUGUCCCCUGUUUCUCCGUCCCCAAUACAGAUGGCCCGGAUGAAGCGGUCCAUAAGUUACCCGGGCACGUACAAUUUCGACAGGUCUGGUCUCCCGCCAAAGGACAGUGUGUUAUCAGGUCAAAGGUCAACCCAGAGGAGGACACGGACUUGUUCGGACACAGAGGCUCACAGUGACAGCUGUGUUUAUGAGAUGGAUCGCACUGCUGUGCUGUGUCUCAAUGCCAGUGUGAACGGGCACUCCUCCCACAGUAUCCCUGAGGAGUGUGGUGCCAUCAGUCCUACCAGUCCCAGAGCUAUGUCAGACACUCCAGAUACUGACCUGUCCAUCUGAUCUGUCCUGUCACUCACCAAAUACAUUGCAGUAUCUUCAGAUAAAGAGAGACUGGGCCCGAAUUCACAAACCUUCAAAAUAAUAUAUUUUACGAGGUUCAUAAGAAAAUCAUGAAUUAUUAAGAAUAUGUUUGUGAAUUGCAGUUAUGAACAAUCUUCUGGACUUUUUCUCUUUUUUUUUUUUCUUAAGAAGCUUCUUAUUUUUUCUUUAGAAGUGUUUUGUGAAUCCAGGUCCUGGAGUUGAGAUUGGUAGUCUACUGUCAAGUGACUGGUCCGUCUGGUCAGUAGGCGUAGUACUGUCUAUCUUUUAUGAAUAUUGACUUGGCUAAAGCGUGAAUAGUUUUGAAUUCUGAAGAGCUGAAUGUAUCAGGUACUUCAGUUACUCCACUGACGUUAGACUGAUAUGAGGCUACUGUAAUGUGAGGUGUUACUAAGGUUGUGUUCAUUAGGGCACGCAAUGGAAAAAAAGUUUUAAAACAAGAAAAAAGAAAAUGAGUGUUUCUUAUUGAACAACUCUAGUUGUCCUUCCCUGUCGUUUUCUUCCCUUCAGUGCCUAAUGAACACUCCCCAGCUUUUAUUGCUCACAUACUGCAAUGCAGUCACUGCUUGGCAAUGCGUUAAUGGUAUUUUCAAAAAGUAUUGUAUUUUUUCCUGUGGAAGCUUUGCUUUGCACUUUAAGAAUUAUGGAUCAGAACAAAGUCCUUUUUGAAUGUUUGUACUAUUCCAGGAAGUUUUAUGUUAUUAUUGCAGAAUAAAAUGUUUGGUUUGUUUGAUAUGCAACGUAAUCCCUUAAAUGUUAGGGUUGCUAACUGUGCCAAGGACCAAUUCAGAAUGUGUGGAUGUGGUUACAUUUUCAUCAAUGGGCUGAGUUGGCAUGCAUCUCCUGGUACACCGGAGGGCAGAGUUUGUCUAUUUUAGACCAUUCCAUUGGUCCUAAAGUGAAAUCUCCACCCUCCCAAGUCACUGGGAGAUGCAAAACAAACUUGCCCAAUAUUUUAAACUUGGCACGCCCCCAGUGUUCACCAUAUUGCUAUGUGACAGACACUUUUUAUUGUUAUUUUUUAAAGUUAUAUUUGCCAUUCAUGACAUCCACCAAAAAAGAGCAAUGCCUUAACAGAGAUUCUGGGCAUGGAAGGAGUUCUGUGACUGUAUGAUAUGAUGUUGAUGUUUGAAAUGUAAAGAUUCGUCUUAAAAAUGAAGUGAAAUCACUUGUUUGUAUAUCAUUUCUACAUUGAUUGUAUCAUAAUACUGUAUUUAAUCUGACAGAAGACGAAAGGUCGAUGUUUUCGUAGUGCAAAAGAAUUGUGCAAAGUCCAAAACUACUGUAAACCUCAAUCUUGCAGGUGAUAAAAAAAAUUUUUUACUGAACAAUGCAUGAAUAGUCACCUCUUUAUAACACACAUUGUUGAAGAAAAGUUCCUAAUURAACUAUGCUGCCAGAUUAUAUAAUGAGGCAUUGAUGGCAAUUUUUGCACUUCCCACAAUUAUUUAGCACUAUGAAAAUGUCCUUAGGAAAUAUGUUGCAAUGAGAAGCAGGGCUCAUCUUCAUAGUGUAGAAGUGCUGAUCUAGGAUCAGUUUUGCCUUUUAGAUCAUAAUGAAUGAAAUGAUAUAGGUGCCGAUUCUAGAUCAGUACUACUAGUCUAGUCUAAAAUGUUUUAUGAAUAUCGCCCCCUUGGUGUAUCUGACAGAAACCUGUCAUAUUGGACAGUUGUGUCUCUCUAUUCUGAAAGGUUGUCACAAAUGACCUAACCCCUUUUCAUCUUAAGAAUACGAUGAAUUAUGCAAUGCAUUCAUUAUCUGUGACAGAAUUUCAGAUGCCAGCCAGUUUGAGACUGAAAGCUUCUCAGAGAGAACUGACAAUGAAGUGACACAGCAGCAGGGGGUGCUGCUGACAUAUUGAUGACCCAUUUCAAGCACCUGAACUCCAGGGUUGCACACACCUGCCACUGUGAAGGAGACCAAUUUACUAAAUGUCACACAAUGAGAAUCUCAAUUGCCUUUCCUUGUGUCCUUCUGCCUCCUUUUGGGGUUUGAAAGAUCAGAAGGGAGGUCCCUCCUUUCUGAUCUCAUCCAAUGGUCUUUGAGAAGGAGGCAACGAGAGAGGAUGCAAGGAAUCAAGGAAAUGCAAUUGAAAUUCUCCCUAUGUCAGUGUAGUGACUGUAAGGGUCCCACACUGAGCAUGACCUCUGUGGCCCAUUCUUCCAUGGACAAUAAUAUGAUUUAUGUUGCAUCAUC